AGCGAGCAAUCAUCGGCUAAAGGGGUGGAGAUUCACACUAAACAAGAACAAAUUCUCAGCGCGCAUCAGAUGGCAAAAUGGACGAGUGGUAACCCUCUCAAACUCGUUCAUUCUCUCUCCGUUCACCUUCGUAUCGUACAUGGACCUUCAAUUCCACUUGUUAAUGGGAAUUGUCGAGUUAGGGCGGGAUUGGGCAAGAAUUGAGUACUCUCGACUCGGGAAAAUUCCAUCCCGUUCCGCGAUCCGGUCACGUGGUAUAGUCGGACUAUUUGACCACAGACGUGUCAAGAGUCUGGGAGGAAAGAAUUUGCCCUACAAUAUAGAUGAUUUUGCCCGUAGAUAUGCCUCGAUAUGUACAGAAUGAUGUCUUCGAAGCGAGCACCUGGCGCUCGUGCGCGAUUCCAUUUUUGAUUGGGUGAUGGAAUGAUGAAUGCGCGCGGUCGGAUGAUGGCGGGAACGAUCGCCCAGCCCGGGGGCUGCGCCGCUGCGGAUUGCGGUGCGCGCUUCCUGUGACUGCUUGGCACCGGGGUGCGGAACCGGGCAUUGUUCAGGCAGUCCUCAUACACCGGUCAGUCCUGGCCGCAGAGAUCCUGAGUAUCGGAGAUUUCUGUGAUCCUCCUCUCAGAAAGCUUCCAGAUCCACUGUAGAAGGUCCACCGCAUUUGGGAAGGGCACGACCUGGACCCUGAAGGCGUCAGAAGAGGAAAGAUGUGCUAGACUAUCGUCGUCUCUCUCCGAACGGCCCGUGACCCCUACUGUAUUGAGCUCCAGGAAUGCUCUCAUUGGAAAGCAAGCACUAGGUGCGUUUUCAACGUCAAAUCAUCCUUUAGCCUGAGUAUCAUACAAUAUCGGCUUUGAGAGGCCCCCGAUCCCACAGAAAACCCCAAUGUAACUG